ACCUUACAAGGUAUUGGAGGAAUGAUUGUAAUCGAUUUAAAAAAAAUAAAUCCUACUGCUUAGGUGAGCUAAAGGUGAGUGAUAAAAAAUAAGUUAAAAGUUGUGUACCAGUAUACCUUGGAUACCAAAGAAUUCAGAUGCACUGAUAUGUACAUUGGGUGUACAUUGGUGAUUUCAAUGUUUCAGUUUACUCCAUUUAGCGAAUUAGCUUUCCCAUUGAUCUGUAACGAUGAGUAAAGAAGACAAUCCGCUGGAAAUAAAGCUCUCAAACGGAGGGGAGAUAAACAAUGGAUAUACUGCAACAGAUCAAGAUGAAAGCACAAAACCUGGUUCGUCUAACCAGACCUCUACAGAAAUCAAAAUAGAACACGAAGAGUCCGAGGAUUUUAAUGGAUGUGCUAAGAUAGCGGAUAAAAUCCAAAAGGCAGUCGAUGCUAUUUUUAGCAAACAUCGGAGUGAAAUUAAAUUUGGAUUCCAAAUCCUCCUGCUGCUGCUGUAUUUUGCAUACUUUGGCUAUGCUAUGUACUAUAGGUUUGGUGACGAGGGUUCGAUUCGUCUUCUUGUUUGUACGAUAAUAGGAGUGAUUCUUCUGUUGAUCUACGUAUCACAACGACUGAUGGGAUCCAAAUUUCAAAUGAAACCAAAGGAGAAAUCAUUCAAUAAAAAGAACAGAAUAAGAAAAUUUAAGCGAUAUACAGGAAGAUCCCUGAUGGUAGCUGUGUUUAUUAUAUUAACUGCAUACAUAAUUUAUGAUGUACUCCUUGAGUAUCCAAAAAAUGCUGUGUCAGUCGCUGGACUUGCCUUAUAUGUCAUCAUCUUCUACAUAUUUUCAAAAAACCCAGCCAAGGUGAGAUGGAGACCGGUGUUCUGGGGCUUUGCUUUACAGUACAUUUUUGCCCUCGUCAUACUCAGAACGCAGUGGGGGUACGAUGCAUUUUCUUGGCUUGGUGACCGAGUCACAGAAUUUCUUAACUAUUCUGAUGCUGGUGCAAUUUUUGUAUUUGGAGAGCUUUAUACAAAUCACUUUUUUGCAUUUAAGGUUCUCCCGGUAGUGGUUUUCUUCUACACCGUUACGUCUGUGCUCUACUACUUAGGAAUUAUGCAGGUCAUUGUCAAAAGGAUGGGGAUGUUUCUUGCAUUCUGUCUUGGAACAACAGCCGCUGAGUCUCUGAACGCUGCAGGAAACAUAUUUGUUGGAAUGACAGAGGCACCGUUGAUGAUUAAGCCUUUCCUCGAAGAUAUGACAAAUUCGGAGCUACAUGCGGUGAUGACUGGAGGUUUUGCUACAAUCGCUGGGUCUGUGCUUGGGGCAUACAUCAGUUUUGGUGUCCCGGCUAGCCAUCUCAUCUCGGCGUCCGUGAUGUCUGCUCCUGCCGCACUUGCUAUCUCAAAACUCGCUUACCCUGAAACUGAGCAGACCAGAACUAGCAAGAAAGAUUUUGACAAGAUGGGCAAAUCAACCGACAGAAAUGUGAUAGAAGCCAUUUCGUCAGGAGCGAGUAACUCAGUAAAGAUAGUAGCCGCCAUUGCUGUGAAUGUUAUGGCCUUUCUCUGUGUACUAGAGUUUAUCAAUAUGACAUUGGACUGGUUUGGAGCCCGUGUUGGAGUGGAUGGUCUCUCUUUUCAGUUGAUCUGUUCCUAUGUGUUCUACCCGAUCGCUUUCUUUAUGGGGACGGAUAUACCGGACUGUCGUCGUGUGGCGGAACUGAUCGGCAUCAAAACCUUCACCAACGAGUUCGUGGCUUACAAAGAGCUGUCCCAUCUCAUUGAAAAUAAGAAGAAUUUUACAGAUUAUAAAGCUGUCUGGAACUCUUCUUCGGACUGGCAUUAUCAAGGGGAGAAUAUCAUUUUACCAUACGUUAAUCAGACCCUAAGGAAAGGAAUUAUAUCUGACAAGUCUGAAGUUAUAGCUACAUACGCCCUGUGUGGUUUCUCCAACAUAGGAUCGAUGGGGAUAUUUCUGGGCGGUAUGUCGGCCCUAGUUCCUUCAAGACGAGGAGAUCUGUCCAAGAUCGUCGUCAGAGCUAUGGUGGCUGGCAAUGUCGCAUGUUUCCUAACCGGAUGUAUAGCAGGUUUACUGUAUAAAGACUACGAUACAACCUAGCCUCGUUUUAUACUUACAAGAUGAGGAGAAUAAACAUUUAAAAAAUGGCAAUGUAACUCCGGUGGAAUCAUCAUAUCACUGUGGAAAGGGGUGACGAUUCAAAAUGCAUUGUACAGAGAAAAGUUUAUGAUUGAAACUAUUUAAUUAACUAAUUGAUGCUGUGCUCCCUGUAAGCCUGUAUGUCUUAAUUAAGACCUUUUCUCUUUUGUUUGAACAGUUUAAAGAAAUCAUCAUUGAUAGCUUUGCUUUGUCAGCUUAGUAGUCGCCUAUAUAUGUGCAGAUUAUAAGUAUAUUAAGACGAAGUUGAAAUAACGAAAGGUUUACACUAGAAUACUACUACAUGCUUGUUAUUCUGAGGUUCAUAGUUAUCGUCAUGUUACAUCUAUUGUUUGAAUAGUAGUAACUGUUACAUGUAAUAAAAGAAUAAUGAAAUAUUCUGAUUUUAGAAAUGAUGUUUAUUAACAAAAUAUGUGCUAUAUAAAACUUUGUUGUUUUUUUUUCAUUAAUUACACAUGUAUCUACUUCAAAUGGCUUGCUUUAUAUCAUUUUAUAGAUCGAGUUCAAUUCGAGACUCGCGGUAACCAUAUCAAAUCGUAAUGAUUUAUUACAUAAAUUGCUGUAUAUGGGACAUUGCUAGAGUUGUGUAAAAUAAGACAAAUGUGUGUAGACUGAAUCCAGAGAUUUUAUCUUUGACUUGCAAAUAUAUAUACAGCACAGUUCUGUCGAUUUUGGUAAAAAAAAACUUUCACAAAAGUUUACCUAUACGUGAUGCUGUAUAGGUCAUUAAAGCAGGUACAUCAAUAUGCCAUAUGCUAAAACUUAGAUCCUGUGUAAGUUAUCAAUAUGUGGGAUUUGGAAAAAUAAAAUUAGAAAAUACAUGUUGUAGUUUGUGUCAUAUAUUUGUGUAAUCCACGAUACUUGGAUUGAAAUAUGUUCAAAUUAAAAUAAUCUCGAAAAAUAUAUUGCGUUGAAUGAAAUGACAAAAAUGUGUUUUAUUCAUAUUGUUUAUUUACAAGGUUUUGAUUUAGGUAAGGAUUAAAUAUGGUUUAGGUAUGGUUGAAUGAAAGUCACAUUUUAACAUGAUCAAAGUGAAAGCAAUUGGUAGUGAUAUUUAAAAAUGUUCCCGUGUCAUAACUUCAGAAAUCCUUUAAUAAAAUUCAUUCACACA